CCGUGUACUACUAACUAUGAAAUAGACGAAGAAGCUUUUAUAUAAACAAUCAAUUCCAAGAGUUUUAUUGAAUAUUUGCGGUAUAAAAGAUAUGAAUGAGGACCACGUCGUUUUCCCUCGAGGUCUUGGCCCUACUCUUCCUCACGCUGAUACCGUGGCCGGGGCCGUCAGUUUUCAAAAUCACUUGUUCACGUGACAACUCCAAAAUCGUAAGAAAAGUCAUACAAAGCAAAUGGCUUCCAGUUUUAGAAAGAUUUCAAGUAAAACUCCCCUUGGAGUGCCCAUUCCACCCUGCGCGCGACAUCUUUGCACCGCAGCACGCCGCGAAGCUACAACACCGGCCUUCACAGUGGACUUGCGCUUUCUGCGGCAAAUCUUUCUACGAGGAGCGCCAUCUUGAUACGCACUUUGACCACCGACACAAGAACCAGAUUAACAAGGCGGAGGACGCAGUAUGUUUGGCGGAUUACUGCGAUAUAAUGCGGUGCCAGGUGCUGGUGGCACACGGGUUACUAAGUGGUGGCGGCGGACCCGGCACUGACAUUGAGGUAUGGCAGGAUAUGGAAGCCGCUCGGACGGCGUUGGCGCCUGCAGCGCCGCGCGGAGUCGCGCGUGUAAGCGGCCGUCGAACGGACGCGGGGACUCGAGCCGCGGGAAAUACCCCGCGACGUCGGCCUCGCCCCCGCCUCACGUCGCCCGCGCGGGACUGUCCCACCACAGCACCGGAAACUGAGGAAUCAGAAGUAGAUGAAAAGAGAACGGAAGAUAGCGAGAGCGACGUGAACCAAACGGCUGAGUUGUGCGACGCGGACACAGUGGAGUCUUCGCUGCCGCCCGACAGCCGUCAGAGACGGCUGGCCGACCUGCAGGCCGAGCGGGCCGCCUGCGACCCCACGCGCCUGCAGGCGCUCAAAGUGCGCUGCGAGAAAAUUGUUCAUUCUUGCAUCGCAACACUUUUAUUGCAUCUCACUCAACAUCAGUUCACUGAACUGGAAGAGGAGAUGCAGCGCGCGGUGUGUUGGUACCUGAGCUGCGACCGCUACUGGGAGGACGCGGCGCCGAGCGCCCGCGUGUUCCCGUGGCCGCUGCUGCUGGCGCUGGCCACGGGGCUCGCGCUAGCACUCUGCAUGUGCUAUUAUAUCAUAUGGAUCGUUUUCGAUUCAGAGGAGGGCAGCGUAGCAGGGAGCGCGUCAGUGUCAAUGACGACGCACUCGUCGCCGACGCGCGGAGAGCGGCUGGCGGCAGACGACGUGCUGGACGAGGACCACGACGACCACUACAUAUACGUCACGUACCCGCCCGAGCUGAAGCGGCGGCUGCUAGAGAGCUGCUACAAUAGAACGACCCGACUCUGAAAUGCACAUCGUCCAUGACGUUACGUCGCGCAUGCGUAUUUUUUACAAGUUCCGUAGUCGUAAUUAGUUUGCGUUGUGAGAACAGUCCAAUAUAGUGAAAAACUCUGUCAACGAUUUCUGUUCAUUUACUAAAAUCGACUAUGUCCUGAUUUAGAAAGUGUGUAAAAGAUAUUAUGCAGCCGUUUAAAUUCAAAGUCUAUUGCUAGUUAUAGUAGGUAGUUUAGUUAUUUUGAUCAAUGUGUCGAGUCACAUGUAAGAGAAGAGGUUUAGUAUUCAUUGUUGCUUGAACAUUAUUUUAGUAAAAACCUAAGUACCUAAAUAAAUAGUACCUGCUCUAUUUCGUUAAGAAUUACCAUUACUAAAUCUUAGUUUAUAGACUAAUAAUUUCAGAUUCCGAUACCAUGACAACAAAAUCUAAUUAGUUGACACAAUUUAGAAGAUGAAAUCUAAUUUUUACUUGUGUUUUUUUUCGAAGUAGAUAUUUUCCCGUAGAUGUAGUUUGCUUUUAAAUAACGGGUGCCUAAUUUCCCCCUAGAUCAUAUUUACUUGUAAGUUUUUAUACGUAGCAACACUGUUGUAAGAAAUUUUUGUAUAUAGUGAGAUUUAUUACAAAACCUGCAGUCCUAAACGCUAGGCAGUCUAUAAUUAUGGUAUCAAAGUGUCCUUUAUAUUUAAUAUUUUGCAAUACGAAUGUUUUGUCAUUUUAAAUUCAAAGAUUUAGCGGUAAUUAAUUUGUAUGAUAUUAAUACAAAGAAAUUUUCUUUAGUAACAGUUAAUUUUACGUUGUUCUUUUUAUAAUACGUUACGUUAUAUUUUUAUAAAAAAUAAGCAUGGACAAAAUGAGUUAGAGGACAAGCAGAAGCUACCUACAGUAAACAAUAUCUUUAUAAUAAAGAAUGAUAUAAUAUUUUAUUAUUUUAAGAUAUAUAAUAAGAAAUAGUCAUUUCUAUAAUCUACUUUAAUUAGAGAAAUGGCUAUUUCUACAACCUCAUACAACCAUUAUUUUUGUCCAUUCUUUACUGAUACACACUACAGAUUAUUCUAUAAUCUAUUGAUGAAUGAAAUAGAACCAGACCUGCCAGAAAUUUGUGUAAUAUAAUAGUAGCUUCUCAAAAGUUACCAGUUCAGUGGGUUUGCACAUGAAUAAAAAUCAUAAAAUAUUUUGAAGAAAAGUUGCCUUACGAAGUACCUACAUAGAGCACGUGAUAUGAACUAUAAAAAUUAAAUAUAAUACUCAUUUGUGACGUAUAUUUAAGAUGAAUGAAUUUUAAACAUUAUAUUGACUUUCAGUGCCGAAUUCGCCUAGUUAACAUGCAUAUUUUUUUCGGUUCAUUUGAAUUAUAUGUAGUUCUAACGCAAUAUAUAUAAUAUACAUUUGUGUUUACAAAAUUUUACUUUGUAUGAGACAGUUCUCAUGCCAAGAGAAAUCUUUGUAAUCAAAUUCAUAGAGUUUUUAAACUUUCUAAUGCAGUCAUAAAAAUACUAUUUAUAUGACAAAUUUUUAUAAAAAUAAUUUCAAUACUUAAUAAAUCAUUUUGAACAUUAUUAACUUACGGAAUGAAGACGCCAGGUGUAUCUAAUAAUUUCUUCUUAGUUCUAGUAAAGAAUAAUCAUAGAGCCAUCAAAGUUACAGAUACCUUCCUGAUGAAAAUAAUAUUCAAAAUGAUCGUCAAAUAUUAUAAUUAUAAGAACUAUUUUCGAUGUUCUUACUGCGGUAUGAUUUGAUGUAAUAAGUAGGUUAGGAUAAACCCGGUAGUAGAUACAGUUUCAAAUGUUUGAUCACAAGUACAGUUUCAAGUGUUGACAAACAAGAGUGUAUGCUUGUCAGACAUACUUGUAAUUUGCUGACAUGUCAUAAUAUUGGACUUUACGUAAGAGUGUGUGCGUACAAUUUUCUAGAUUUAACGUUUUUGGAGCUGUGUCUGCCACCAGGUUAAGAUGGGACUCAUUCAUUAAUAUUAAAUUUACCGAAAUAAAAAAAAUAGAAUUUUAAAUGCUGUAAAUACGCCACAGCCUCAACCCUGGAGGAUCAUUAGUUACAGCAUGGGAUAAUUAUAUAACUGGAAUUCAAGACUGGAUUUGUUGUGCAGACCAUACAGAGUGUAUUCACAAUAAUAUGAUUUACCUACAUACAUAUAAGAGAUGCUGUCUGGAUCCAAACUUUGUUAUUAGAACUAAACAUUUUCAGUACUAACAUUUUUAGAUUCGAGUAAAUAAGAGGUAUGAUAAUACGCGCUUAAUAUAAAAGGUACCUAAGUAGAACUAAUUGUAAAAUAUGAACAAGCUUUUUCUACUUAUACAUGCUUUGACGAGACUGAAAGUAAGCGUUAUAUAUAAUAUAUGACACUUUUGAAAUUGUAAUUCACACGAAUCUAUAAUACU